AUGGCUAAGAUAAUGCUUGGAUCUCACACGGUGAAGAGCCAUGGAUGGGCGGUGGCCCGAGAACAUCUUCAUGACUGGCUCAUCCUCGUCGCCCUCGGUCUUAUCGACAUUGUCCUCAACGUCAUCGAACCUUUUCAUCGCUACAUCGGACCAGACAUGCUGACCGAUCUCACUUUCCCAUUCUUUCACGACACCAUCCCUAUGUGGGCUGUCCCGAUUAUCUGUGUAUUGGUUCCUAUAUGCAUCUUCACGGUCUAUUAUUACUUCCGGAGAGAUGUUUAUGAUUUUCAUCACGCCAUUCUCGGUUUGGCAUUUUCGUGUCUUUUAACUGGAGUCACCACAGAUUCCAUCAAAGACGCGGUUGGUAGGCCACGACCUAACUUCUUUUAUCGAUGCUUUCCUGAUGGUAAACCGAAAUUUGACAAGGUUACUAAGGAUGUUGUGUGCCAUGGAGUUAAAAAAAUAAUCAAAGAAGGUUACAAGAGCUUUCCUAGUGGUCACACUUCGUGGUCAUUCGCCGGUUUAACAUUCCUGGCGUGGUACUUAUCGGGGAAAAUAAAAGUAUUCGACAGAAGGGGACACGUGGCGAAGCUAUGCCUCGUGUUGCUACCGAUACUCUUCGCAGUUCUCAUCGGAAUAUCACGUGUUGACGACUAUUGGCACCAUUGGACCGACGUCUUUGCCGGAGCUAUCAUCGGUUUAUUCAUUGCUUCCUUCAGUUACCUCCACUUUUUUCCUUACCCAUACGAUGAGAACGGAUGGGCCCCACAUGCGUAUUUUAGAAUGUUGGCGGAGAGGGGUGGUCGAGCCACUGUGACUGACCGUGGCUCAGCCACGACGAUGACUCGGAGUAGUUCUCAAGGCAUGUUAGACAACGACAUCGAACAUGGCUCGACCACCUUGCCGCAUGAUCGCCACCGGGAAAGCACUGAUUCUGAAUAUUGA